UUUUUUUUUCUUCUUGUUCUUUAGCUUCUCAUCAAUCAAAUAAUGAAUCAUUAUUAGAAAAAUUUUCAUUAUCAUCACAAAUACCAAUACCUUCAGAUUUUCUUUGUGAUACAAUAUUAUCAUCAUUGAAUCAACAUUCUCAAACAAUAUCUGAAGAAGAUGAUACACAAGAUAGUUCAACAAAUGAUGCAUCCGAAGGUGAUGAAAGUGCUGAUAAUGGUGAAAUUGAUCUUGUACAAGAAUUUGAAUUAUCACAAAGAGAACAACAAAAUAAAACGAAUAAUUUUUGGACAACAAAUGAUCGUGAUGUAUAUAUCAUACAAGAUGAUGAUGUACUUUCAGCUCUUGUUACAACACCAACAGUUGUAAAUCGUAAUACUCAGCCAACUUCAAUUAUGAAAAUAACAAAUAAUAAAAUAUCCGAUAAUAUUGAUGAACAACAACAAACAUUAAAACCAAAAGUACGUUUUAAUCUUGAUCCACAAUAUGAACGUGAACGUGAAUGGAAUAAAGUGAAUAAAUUACUUGGAAAUAGUGUUGAAUGGACUGAUGAAUUUGAAGUAUAA